AAGAGGAGAGAAAAAAAAAAAAAUAAUACCCAGAGACCCACGGGGAGCUUUGAAGUGCCUGAGCCAGAAAAGAGAGCAAGAGAGACAGACCUCCACGCAGCGCCGAGGAAUAAAACCGGGCAGGGGGGGAAAAGUUACCGGGGCAGGGAAAGGAUGUGAGCGCAAGUACUGGCUGCGAGCUGGGAGGAUGCGAUGGCCGCUGGCACAGAAACUGGGGCGGCGAUUGUCAGCCAUGGAGACGGCCCCACCGCCCGCGCCACCCCGCCGGCCGCGCGCCCCGCGCUAGCACGGGGACGGCAGCGGGGACCCACGGGGGCCGGGAGCCGGGUGGCAGCAGACGGCGGUGCGGGAGCGACUGCGUGCGCCCGCUCUGAGCAGCGGCUCCGCGGCGGCUCCUCUCCCCCGCGCCCAGGAGCCGGCUCUCGGUGCAAGGCGGCAUCGCUGCGCGGCUGAGCGCCGACCGAUCGCUGCGCGCAGCCUUCCUCGAGGUCAGUGCCGUGUAAUGAGAUUUUGGAGCCGUGCUCCGAGCAGUCUCCUGGUUCCUCUCGGCUGCCUGGGUGCGACCAUGCUUCCUCGCUGGGCAAAGCAUCCCUUUGGCGCUUCCCCUAGAGCAGCGCCGCGGCUGCGGGAGCAGGAGAGACCCUCCGAGCCCGGGGACUGCAGGCUGACACCGUUGCUCGUGGAUCCCGACAGGACGAGCACCCACAUGAUCUCGGCGGACGAUGCCGAGUACCCGCGGGAGUACCGCACCUUGGGCAACGGCACGCGGCGCUUCUCCAACGUAGGGCUGGUGCACACCUCGGAGCGCCGGCACACCGUCAUCGCCGCCCAGAGCCUCGAGGCCCUCACCGGCCUCCAGAAGUCGGAGAUGGAGCGCAAGCGGGACGCCUUCAUGGACCACCUGAAGAACAAGUACCCGCAGCACGCGCUGGCGCUCCGGGGGCAGCAGGAGCGCAUGCGGGACCAGCAACCCAACUACUGGAGCUUUAAGACCAGGAGCUCCCGGCACUCGCAGGGCUCCCAGCCUGGCCUGGCCGACCAAGCCAAGCUCUCCUUCGCCUCGGCCGAAUCCCUGGAAACCAUGUCGGAAGCGGAGCUGCCCCUGGGCUUCAACAGGAUGAAUCGGUUCCGGCAGAGCCUGCCCCUGUCCCGCUCCACCAGCCAGACGAAGCUGCGCUCACCAGGGGUCCUUUUCCUGCAGUUUGGGGAUGAGACGAGGCGCGUCCACAUCACCCACGAGAUCAGCAGCAUGGACACCCUGCACGCCCUCAUCGUCCACAUGUUCCCCCAGAAGCUCACCAUGGGGAUGCUGAAGUCUCCCAACACUGCCAUCCUCAUCAAGGACGAGUCACGCAACGUCUUCUACGAGCUGGAGGAUGUCCGUGAUAUCCAGGACAGGAGCAUCAUUAAAAUCUACCGGAAAGAGCCGCUCUACGCCUCCUUCCCGGCCUCGCACAUCACCAACGGCGACCUGAGGCGGGAGAUGGUCUACACCUCCCGGGAGUCAUCUCCCACCCGCCGGCUGAACAACAUGUCCCCAGCCUCCCACCUGGCCUCCGGCUCCCCUCCGCCCGUGCUGCAGUCCUCCUCCCCGUCCCGCUCCCGCAUGUCCUACAGCGGGGGCCGCCCGCCCUCCUACGCCGGCAGCCCCGUCCACCACGGCGAGCGCCUCUCCAACCUGCCGCCCGCGCCGGGCGUCUCGCCGAGCCCCAGCGCCAUCCUGGAGCGCCGCGACGUGAAGCCGGACGAGGACCUGGCCGGGAAGAACAUGGUGCUGGUGAAGAACGAGGGGCUGUACGCCGAUCCCUACGGCAUGGUGCACGAGGGCCGGCUCAGCAUCACCUCCACCCAGUCCCUGGCCGGCAUGGGGGACCCUUUCGGCUACUCCGGGGGGCUCUACAAGCGGGGCUCCGUUCGCUCCCUCAGCACCUACUCCGCGGCCGCCUUGCAGACGGAGCUGGAGGACAGCCUGUACAAGCCCAACGCGCAGAUGUACAGCGACACGUACGGCCCCGGCCUGGGGUUCCGCAUGCCCCCCUCCUCCCCGCAGAAGAUGGCUGAUGGCCGCCUGGUGGACGUGCAGCCGGGGCAGAGCCCGCACAGCCCCUACUCGGGGCCGCCCAGCCGGUCCUCGCCCGUCCGCCAGUCCUUCCGCAAGGACUCCUGCUCCUCCGUCUUCAUGGAGAGCCCCGUCAGCAAGCCCCGCAACCCCAGUGCCUCGGGGCCCCCCGAGCUCUUUCCCGGCCCCAGCGACCGCCCGCUCUCGGGGUUCAGCUCCCCGGUGCCAGCCAAGGAUACAGAGACGAGGGAGCGGAUGGAGGCGAUGGAGAAGCAGAUCGCCAGCCUGACCGGGCUGGUGCAGAGCGCGCUGCUCCGCGGCUCCGAGGCAGAGACCCCCAGUGAGAAGACAGAAGCCACCAACGGCGGGACCCCCCCAUCAGCGUCGACCAGCCGCAGCGGCAUGGGGACCCCGGUGCCCGCGCCCCCGCCACCCUCUGCCACCAGCACGCCAGCGGGGCAGCCCACGGCCAUCACCCGCCUGCACAUGCAGCUGCACCUCCACGACCUGCAGCAGAACGCCAGCGACCUCCGCAACCAGCUGCAGCAGCUCAAGAAGCUGCAGCUGCAGAACCAGGAGACGGUGAAGACGAUGCUGCGGCGGACGGAGACGGAGAUCAGCGUGCGGGUGACCGACACCAUGCGCAAGCACGAGGACCCCCUGCAGCGCCAGCGCAGCCUGGUGGAAGAGGAGCGGCUCCGGUACCUCAACGAGGAGGAGCUGAUCACCCAGCAGCUGAAUGACCUGGAGAAGUCGGUGGAGAAGAUCCAGAAGGACCUGGCGCACAACCACCGGCUCAUCCCCGUGCAGGAGCUGGAGGAGAAGGCCGUGGUGCUCAAGCAGCUGGGGGAGACGCUGACAGACCUCAAGGCCCAGUUCCCCAGCCUGCAGAGCAAGAUGCGGGUGGUGCUGCGGGUGGAGGUGGAAGCCGUGAAGUUCCUCAAGGAGGAACCCAACCGCCUCGACGGGCUGCUCAAGCGCUGCAAGACGGUGACAGACACCCUCGCCCAGAUCCGCAGGCAAGUGGACGAGGGCGUGUGGACCCCCCCCAACACCCUCAGCCAGUCCCCCAAGAAGAUGGCCCCCGAGACAGACUUCAGCAAAGGGCUGGAGCUGGAGAUGCCCCCCAGCCCCCCAGUGAGCCUCCACCACCUGACGGCUGCCACCGAGACCCUGGGCAUGCCCAGCUUCGGGCACAGCCCCCCCCAGACCCAGACCCACCCCUCCAAGAGCAAUAACCCGUCCCGAGCUCCGGAGAUGGUGCCUGCCAAGACCCAGACGGGCCCGGAGACUCCCAGCAAGAAGAGCGCAGACAAAGCCGUGUCCGUGGAGGCUGCCGAGCGGGACUGGGAGGAGAAGCGGGCAGCGCUGACCCAGUACAGUGCCAAGGACAUCAACCGCCUCCUGGAGGAGACGCAAGCCGAGCUCAUGAAGGCCAUCCCCGACCUGGACUUCGCUGCCAAGCACAAGCAGGCCACGGGCAGCAGCAGCGCCGCAUCCACGCCCGAGCACAAGCCCUCCAAGCCGCAGCACGCACAGAAGUCCGCGGGCAAGGCCGACCCCAACGGCCGCAGGGGCUCAGACGAGCUGACGGUGCCUCGGUACCGGACCGAGAAACCCUCCAAAUCGCCGCCGCCUCCUCCUCCCCGCCGGAGCUUCCCCUCGUCCCACGGGCUGACCACGACCCGCAGCGGCGAAGUCAUCGUCACCAGCAAGAAGGAGCCCGGAUUUAUGAAGAAGGCCGAGUCGGAGGAGCUGGAGACCCAAAAGCCGCAGGUGAAGCUGAGACGGACGGUGUCAGAGGUGGUCAGACCUGCGUCCACCCCGCCCAUCAUCGCCUCUGCCAUCAAGGAUGACGAUGACGAGGACCGCAUCAUCGCGGAGCUGGAGGUGUUUCAGAGAAGCUCUGCCUCCCCUUUCAUUCCCAAGCUCCGUUACGAUCCGCUCGCGGCUGCCGUCUCCCCUGGGCACGCAGACAUGUGGCCCAAUGGAGCCUCCGUUGCAGCCGAAGGAUGGAAGGAGCCGGUGGCCCCGGCCCCCCCGGGGAGCAGGGCUUUCUCCCUCCCGCAGAUUGUGCUCACCGAGUGGGAGUCCGUGCCGCCGUCCCCCGAAUCCGAACCCGAGGUGCCAGUGGAAACGGGCUGCUCUGAGCACGGGGACCCAGCUGGCAGCCCAGGAGCCGGAGGGGAGCUUGCACCCGAGGCAGGGGGGAGAUGCCAAGUGUCUGCUGGCACCCCCAGAAAGUCUCCAUCCACGCCCGGGGGCCUUCCAGCCUCAGCCCCGCAGCCCUGGAGUGCCCCAUCCCGAGGCCGUGAGCGCACACCGGGAGAGACUCGCAGGUUCCCUCUGGCAGACAGCCAGGUCCCGUCUCCCCCAGAGCGAGGAGCGAGCCAGCCCACCGGGGCAGAAGGAGAGGACAGUGCUCUGAGCUCCGCCAGCAGGCAGGAAGGCAGCAGCUGGACUGCACCGCAAGGGCCUUUGGCUGAGCAGCCUCCUCACCCCCGAGGGCAGGCCACAGAUCCGGGGGCCGAAGACACAGCACUUGUCCCAGGUGCAGGCAGCCAAGGGCCCAGCGCCGUCCCCAGGGAUGCCGAGCCCCGAGGAGGAGCCAGGCAGAGCGCACGGGAGGCAUCCGUCCCUCCUGGACGCUCCAACGGGGUUUGCAAACACCUGCGGAGGGACCAGCACGACGGCUCGCCGGUGCCAAAAGCCAGGCGUCCCCCGGGCUGUGACCACAUCCAGGGGAGAGAAUGGUGCCAGGCUGGGCACCCCCGGUGUGCAGCAUCGCCGGGACAGGACAGCACGGGUCUGGCUGGCGGGGCAGGAGGAGGCGAGGGGGAUGCCGGUGGGAAGGCAGCGGAGGGGCUCUGCUGCCCCACUCCUCGGGGAAGGAGCAAAGGGGACGUGUCCCCCCUGCACAGCAUGUCGCCGCGCAGCAAGGAGAUUUACGAAGGCACGUACCAGAGACUGGAUAGCCUUGAAGAAACUAUCCGUGAGCUGGAAAUGACCAUCAGCGAGAUCGGCAGCCACCCUGCGGCUGGAUUUCUGUUCCCUAAAGAACUGCUAGGACAAGCAGCGUCUGAUGGCAGCGAGGGGACAAAGGCGGGUGCGGGGCACCUCGAGCACAGCGGCUGUGACGGUGGGACUGCCCUGGAUCUCAGCCAGGCCAAAGAGGAUGCUCCUGAGAGUCCGUCUCUGAGCCAGACCAAGCCACCACUGCUACCCAAGCCACAGCUCCCCCCCAGCAGCCCUCAGAGCGGUGGUGUUUCCAUCCCGGCCAUGAAGAUGGUGAACCCGGCGUCCAGGCUGAAGCAGAGCCAGCAGGGCAGCCCCGACAAAAGCAAGCACAUAAAGCAGCGGAUGGAGUACAUGCGGAUCCAGGGACAGCAGCAGGCCGCUAGACCAUCUAAAGAGGCUAGUGAGACUUCCCCUGCAGUCUCAGAAAAACCUGCAUCUGGCAGAACAUCCAUCCCUGUAUUGACUUCCUUUGGGGCAAGGAACUCAUCCAUCUCAUUCUGAGCCUCCUUGCCAGCUCCAUCCAACCGUUUUCCUGCUCCUGGGGCCGGGCUUCUCUCUUCCUUGUGCUCCUCCCUUGGACUGUCUUCUUGAGGCACCUUGAGGCACCGCCACGUGUCCCUCUCUUUGUUUUAAAUGUCUUGCUCCAAUGUGGCCGACCUCGUGUCUCGCCUCUGCUCCGGCACGGCCCAACUUCUGUCUCGCCUCUGCUCCGGCACGGCCCGACUUGUGUCUGCCUCUGCUCCGGCACGGCCCGACUUCUGUCUCACAUCUUGCUCCAAAAUGGCCAACCAGCCACUUUCUGUUUCUUUCUCUCUCUCUCUCUCCCCCUCUUUCUUUUAUUUUCCUUUUUUUAUUUCCGUUGGUUUGUUUGGGUUGCUGUCGUUUUUGGUUCUCGAUCCCUCCCCUCCCCGCCUGCCGUUUUCUGUUUAUUUAAGAGCUCUCAGAGCUUCACCCCACCAGUUUCACGAGCUUCAAGCAACAAGGACGCGGCGCGGCGCCCGACCCCGCCGGCGGCAGCCGCC